AUGCAACGGUUCUGUAAAUCACGUUCCAUUUCACCGAGAAUUCAGCAUUCAAAACCACCGGAGAAAUCGUUUCUUACACGGAAACAAUCACUGCCAAUUACAAUACAACCUGGUAAAGUGAGCGAUUUUAUUUGGUACCACGAAAAAGGUAUUCAUAAUCCCGGAACACCGGAAGGUCUUCGAGCAUCAAAAACGAUAAUUAUCGAUAUGCGGGAAUCUGAAACUGAUAUAACACAAUGUGAAAAACGAAGUAUCAAUUUAGUAUCAGAAGAUGGAGAAAAGAUAACUGUUGAUAUGGAUGUUAUCUCGCAAUCAAAAACUAUUAAAAAUUUAUUAACAGAUUUACUGGUCGAUCAAGUUGAUGAAUCAUUGCCAGCUUUUGAUUUGCCUGUGCAAUUGCCAGCUAAAACUAUUAAAAAAGUUCUAGAAUGGUGCAUACAUCAAACAUAUCUCACUCCUAACGCCGAGAAAUCAGAGGAGGAAAAAAUUUGGCGACAAAAUUUUCUUGCCUUACCAGAUAAUAAUGAGCUUUUCGAGCUUGUUCAGGCAGCUAAUUAUUUGGAUGUUGGUGAUUUACUCUCAUCUGGCUGUAAAACGAUCGCAAAUCACAUUAAAGGGAAAACUGUAGAGGAGUUACGAGCUUUUUUUAACAUUGAAAAUGACUUCACACCUGAGGAAGAAGCUCGUAUUCGAGCGGAAAAUGCUUGGUGUGAAAUGUGA